CCAGGCUGUAUAUAAGAGCUGAGGACUCCCAGCUCUCAGAGUAAACCAGCCAGCGGAAUCAGUCCCACUUCCGUUACUGAACUGUCAACAUGGAGGAAAUCAAGUCCAAGUUUGAGGGAAACUGGGAGUGUAUCAAGAAGGAGAACGUGGAAAAGUUUCUGGAGGCUAUGGGAGUUAAUCUCAUCAAACGCAAGGCCGCUGCCCAGUUCAACCCCAAAUUGUCUAUCAGCGUGGGGGACGGGUGUGUGAAGGUGGUCAGGAAGAUGCCCAUCAAAGAAAUCACCAACGAGUUCAAGCUGGACGAUGAAAUCGACGUCAACGACGACGACCACAAAUACAAGGCUAAACUGACAUAUUCUGACGGAAAGAUGACGCUUUGUCUGCGAGCUGUAGAUGGCAAAUCUAAAGAUAACACAAUAGUGAGGGAGAUAGAGGGGGACAAUCUCGUACAGACUGCAACGUGUAAUGGCGUCACGGCAAAAACGACGUUUAAGAAAUCUUAAUAUCACUUUUGGUUUUAUGCCAAUUCUUAUAAUAGUGUGCAAUACGUUGUAUAUUAUAGUAGUUUACAUUUUUGUAUAUUUAUAAAUUAAAUAAAAUUAUUUUACAAUUAAA